GUCAUCGGUGUCCAGUGCAUUUGAACAAGCGUAUCCUCGAAACCACGACGUCACACCUUGGGAGAGCCAUAAUAACAUUAAAGAAGACACGACAAAGCUGCCGUCUUAUUACCGUCGAGGCACCUGAUUAUAAAGGGCCAUGAUGGGCUGGCUAAGUGGGACUGUCCUCAUCUCUCUUCUUACUAUGGGACUCCUAUACUUUGAUGGGACUUUGGCUAAAAAGGGAGGUGGAUUUGGAGGAGGCAAGAAACCAUCAUCAUCAUCAAACAGAUUGGGGUCCACAAAGCCCUCCAACUCUCAACCAGGAAACUAUCCUAGGCAACCACAGCCCCCUAAUCGAAACCCUAACCCAUAUCCUGCUGGUGGAAGUUAUCCCCAACCAGGUGCUGGAAACACCAAUCCUGGGGGAUAUCCCAGACAAAACCCAGGAGGGAAUCCUGCUGGCGGAUAUCCAGCUGCCGGAGGAUACCCUAACCAACCUGGAAGAGGGAAUUACCCUAACCAGAACCCUGCAGGGGGUUAUCCAGCUGCGGGAGGCUAUCCAGCUGCGGGAGGAUACCCCAACCAACCCGGAAGAGGCAAUUACCCAAACCAAAACCCUGCAGGUGGGGGGUACCCUGCUGCUGGGGGGUAUCCAGCGGGGGGAGGAUACCCCAACCAGCCAGGCAGAGGAGGCUAUCCAAACCAGUACCCAGGUGGCUAUCCGGCAGCAGGUGGAUAUCCAGCUGCUGGGGGUUAUCCUAACACUGGGUGGGGAGGUGGCUAUCCGGUACGAGGAGGUAAUACAGGGCAGGGCUGGGGUGCACCGGGCUCAUAUCCUGGGGGUUAUCCUGGUGGUGGAAUGGGAGGCUACCCAAACUGGAAUCCCAAUAAUAAGAUCCUCAGUCCUCGUUAUGGUGUAGGAAGCUAUGGCGGUUAUGGGAAUGGUGGAUCUCCUUUUGCUCGUUCAGCCAUGAACCAAGGCUUUAUGCCUAAAGUAGAGUCUAAGGGUUUUGCUAAAAAGGCAAUGUUGGCAGCUGGGGUGGGUGCUAUGGCUGGUAUGGCUGUUGGUUAUGGAUUAGGGCGUUUUCCACGACCGCAUUUUAACUUCCGAAGUCAUGAAGAAGAAAACUACUACAACAACUACAUGUACCGUCGCUACGGUACCCAGUCUACGGAUCAAAAAGACUAUGGCCGCGAUUACGAAUACAAGCCACCCCCACGAGCUGAGUCCUAUGAUAAAUUCAUGGACAAAUGCAUGAACCGAACGGACCUUCUCAAAGACCAGGUCAAAUCUGAGGUAGACGACGAGGACAAGGACACUGUCAGCAUUGAGGAAAUUGGGUACCCCUUGCUAAUAGAACAGAUGAAAGCACGGCGCUGUGUUGAAAUGUACAUGGCCUACUCUGAGCAGUUUCUCCAAAAGCGUGCAGAACCGCAGAUACAAAACAAAGGUAGUCUUCUGUGCAUCUCUCAGCUGUUCACAUCUGUGGUGAUUUUACUGUCCAGCAUGUUUCUGCUUCAGUAAGCCCUUUUGCUACUAAUAUACUCACACAUUAUCUGCCAUAGUAUGUGCAUAGCUACUCUGAUUUUUAUCACCUUACCUAAAUGCUUAUGGACUAAUCUGCUAACAUGUAUAGUGUACCUGAACCACUUUGCAACCCAUAUUUCACCUUAAUAGUUUUAGUGAAAAAGGAGGGUUCUCUCCCUUUGAUAAUCCAUAUUUUGUUAUAAUCUGUCUGCAAGAGCUGAUUGUGAAGUAUUGAAUCAUAGUACAUAACCUGUGAAAAUGUUUCUUUUAAAAACAAAUAUAGAAUUCUGGAUAGAUCACCAAAGUCAAACUGUGUGUGGCAAGAUGUGCCAUAAUGUCCAUUGUGAAACAGUAGCAAUGUACACAGAACAGCAGUGGAAUAAUCCAGUAAAUUGCUGGCUCGCUACCGGUAAAUACAUCUAUCACAGGACUUUUGAAUGAAAACUAAGUUUAGUAUCUAGCAUCUUAAAAUCACAACUUGUUUAACAUUGGACUAUUUUGUGAGGUGUGACGACACAAUCCUGAGCUCCAUUGAAAAAUAUGGUCACAUUGCAUAUGAGUUUAAAUACAAAUUGUUUGUAUAUGUAAGCAAGACAAUUUGUGGUGUUGUACCAGAGUAAGGUCUGGGUGGUAAUGGAUGUAAUGAUGCAUCCACUUGGGGAAACUUGAUUGUCUUGUGAUUGGUUGUAUAAGAUGAUCCAGAGAUGUGGCCUGUAACAUUUCUGUAUGGUAUGUGCAGAUUACAAUAUAACUUUGCCUGACACUUUGGUCAUGUGCAAAGAAAAGAGGUCUUUUUUUAUGUAAUAUGUUUGGCUUGUGACUUAGAGAGAGCCUUAUUCUGUUAAGCAGCCAUGUGGUGAGUGGAGUAAGAUCAGUCUUUGUUGACUCCCAUUGGCCUACAGUUGCGAGAACAGUUGUCAGUACUUAAUAAUAUUAGGUAGAACACUGCGGAGAUUGCUUUUUAAAAUUUUUACUGUUAUUUUAUAUUAUUGUCUCAUAUUAAUGCCACGUCUUAACACGGAGAACCAGGGAAUGAAAAAUAGCUGAAAAGAUAAUUUACUAAAUAACUGGAUUUAUAUUUUGAGUUUUAUACUCUGUAAAAUGUGAUACAACUUCAACUGGAAAUACUCCCUUUUUCCAAAAACCCUCUUGUUCCACUCCGCCUACUCCUGUGCGCAGUGGGUAACCUUUCUGGUGAUGAUUGAGAUUAUUGAGAUUGUGAAAAGUUUAAAUAAUUCUAUCCAUAACAUGACUUUUCUUGCCCCAGUUACAUUGCACCUUGUGUGUCUAUAAACUACUGUUAUUUUCAUUAUUUUGGUGAUAUGUUCUUUGGUGUUUGUUAACUCUCUAUAUUGUUUUGUUUGUUGUAAAAACAAAUACAAAUUCAAACAUACAUUAUACAUUUUAUUUAAUACACAGAAUGAUAUCCUUUAUGAAUGUCCUUUAUGAUCAAUGGGUUUCAUCUCAUUUGGCAAUGUUAUUGUGUUAAAAAUCUGUAAGAGCACUUCAUUUCCACUCUCCUUGCCAUUAUAGUAGUAGUACAGUGUGUACUGUAAACAUUUGAAUCUGCUAUUGUAAACACUUCAUCCAAUACGUCAAAGACAGUCAACAGUUGGCCAAUAAAAUGAGUUUCAUGCUAAGGACGUUGUUUUACUGUGAUUAAUAAAUCCCUGAAACUGAAAUAUGUGGUACAAGUUGAACUAGCAUUGUUGACUUUAUGGAAUAUCUUUAGCUUUUUCAUAUAGAACUAGUUUACACUCUUUCUUCAGUAAAUUUUGCCUAUCCUUUAUAUCCCUGCUUUUAAGAAUGCUGAGGUGAAAACCAACGCACUGAAUGUUCUGUUGCAAAAUUACAUUUACUACAAAUAUCUAAUCUUUUUGCAAUGGGUUUUUAUUUGACAUUAUGUUUUAAGGAUCUCUUAUCCAGAUUAUGAGAAAUGGCACCAAGGACAGCAGAAAAACUGAGUUGUUUAUGGCAGGAGAAGCUGCGUUCCACUGUGACUGGUCCUCUGCUGUCUGGCCCUCUCUGUGGUACAUGUGUUGAUUGCGUGAGACUGUUUUCUGGCCUGAUUUGUUUUUUCCUUUGCCGAGGAAGCCCAGGCCAUAGCCAGUUCCUGUCCCUCCAAGUAUGCCUGCAGCAGCAGCAGCCCCCACCACUCUGAGGCCCUGCUUAGUGAGGCCUUUGCUCUGCCACUGUAGGGGCUCUUUGCUGCCAUCUUCUUUGCCCUUGCCCCGGAACAGUGCUCCACGUUUACAGAAGGUCCUGGGGCACAGAAUGGAGAAGAGCAGGAGGCACAAGCACACAGAGUAAAGCUGGGUCUUCAUUAUUGCAGAUCUGUGGACACAUGAUAAAAGGCAGGUCACAGCUGUGGGUGAUAUAACCGACAUAAGAUGCUUUAGUGUUUAGUGUUUGUUUGAGGCAGGCUCACACAGUCACAUGACCAGAGCACAACAGAACUCUGGAACACUCUUCUGGUCAAAAGUUGGAUUAACUGAACAUGUGUGGUGGUGAGUCUCCCUUUCAUUCAACCUGACAAUUACAAAUGUAUUUAAAAUAAUAACCAAAACAAAAAACAAAACCAGGCAUGGAUUUUAUAUAAUUUUAUUCCAACAAGAUAUUUUGCUAUUUAACAGAAAAUCACACGCAUUCAGAGUAGACUUUUAGUCUGUACUCAGCAGUAUGGUCUUUAGGAUGUUGUCAAAUAAUCUGAAAUAGUACAGUAUAUAUUGUUGUUGUUUUUUUUUGUUUUUUUUGUUUUUUUUAACUAUACAGAAACAAGUCUAAUUCCUAUUCGCAUGACCUUAUUAAAAGUACACUUAAAAAUAUUUUCACUUCAGAUAAUGACAGAUACAUAGGCUAUUGAAUUGUGUAUUUAUUGGAUAAAAUGUAUUAAGAUCCUGGCUGCAUGCAAUCUAAUAAGAAGGAAAGAUAACCCUACCUUUUUGUCUGGUCUGACAGUGAGAUGGUGAUGCUGCAUCUGGUCACCUCUGAAACUUUCAUGGCUUGGAUGCUUUUAGGAGUCAUCUCUAUG